UGUUUGGUGCUGGGUGCUGGACCAUGUGGACUGAGGACCGCCAUCGAGCUGGCCCUGUUGGGGGCUCAGGUGGUGGUGCUGGAGAAGAGGGAGGAGUUCACCAGGAACAAUGUUCUCCACCUGUGGCCCUUCACCAUCUACGACCUCCGAGAGCUCGGAGCCAAAAUGUUCUACGGCAAAUUCUGCUCAGGCUCUCUGGACCACAUCAGUGAGUGACUUUUAAAACUCUGUAAACCAACCGUAACCUGACAGGAGCUGUCACAGGACCUACACCCAGCCUGAUGGAUACGUUUUAGUGAUGUGGAGCAGCUCAACAUCAGAGGAUCUUUGAUGUAUCUGCACUGCUGAACGGCUGCAUCACAGCUUUUAGCUGCAGUGCUUCAUCAUGUCCAUGAUAACGGCCCUAAAUAUAGAUAUCUGUCUGAUUCAUGUGCACAGAGAAGUUCUYUUUCUAACCACAAACAACUCUUUAAACUCAGUAAAUAAAGGAGGACAGGCAGAAACAAUGCCUUUUUUCAUGUCAGCAACAUUAAAAUAAUGAGGGAAACAUGCAAAACUUUAUAUCAUCAAACUGGUCUGGAGCUGCUUAAAGUCAGACGUUAUGUUUUUAACACCUGUAAAGUAGAUUUGGACAAAAUCAGAUUGUGAGCAAUCAGUUUGUCACCAAAUAAUAUUUGUGCACUUGGAGAUUAGUGACUUGUGUCAAUGCAGCGUGGAGCUUGUAAGGGAUAUGUGACUUAUGUAAAAUAGGUCUCCCUACAUCUUAUCAUAACAAAGUUAUGAGAGAAAAUUUUACCAAGGUUUUUUCUCAUUAAUAUUUGUCUGUACAAAGUGAAGGGUGACACAA